UUUAACAAUAUCGCAUUUGGCUCACUUGACAUGCAGGCCGGCAUCAAGGAGGCUACGAGCGGACUCGACGUAGAUCCAGACCUUGCCAAACAGCAACUGGACUGCUUCCUCCUCACUCCCACAAACAAGGACUUGGACGCCCGCAUCCACUCGCUCAUCGCUCAUCUCCUUCCGCUCCCAAAGGACCGUCUCCUCUUGCUCCAAGGGCACAAUGAGGACCGCCAGAAAGCUCUCCUCGACGCAUGGAUUGGUUCAGAGUUAAAGACUAUAUUGGACAAUGUCGAUUUUGUUCAAGAGACUCGCCAACUGUGGCAGGACAAGGAUAUGGAGGCUUUGUUGCAUGACAAGGUCCUGGCCUACAUGCAUGGCGAUCAAAAUAAGGACACAGUAACGGAACCAGUGGUAGAAAGCCCAAUACAACAAAGUGUCGCCCUCAAUGAACAGCUUCCGAGGACAGACGAUGAUAACAAGACAGCCGAGUCUGUGAUUGAGGCGGGAGCCAGUGUGAAUGGAGCAAAGAGCAAGGAUAAAUCAGUCGAGGAUGAUCAUGACGUUGAUAAAGUUGAACAGAGCGCUGAGAAGGGCGGUAGCGCGAAGCGAGUUGAAGGCAAGGAGAGGGUGGACGCGGUCAUAAAAGAUGCAAAGACUAGGAUGGAUGACGAGAUACUGGCCAAGAGUGGCAAGGCCAGGAUCAAAAAGGGUGUAAAGAAAGACGCACAAGGUACAUCCCCUGGAGAGCGCCGCCGCUCACUCGUUACCCAAGCAACAAAACCUAGUCAGGUGCUUCCUCAGAAGCGAGCCGCCAGCAAAUCCGACAAGGGAGAGAAACAAGGGGUGGCAAAAGCAGAGCGCACGAGUGCUUCCAAUACGGGCAAGGUACCCAACAAGGCGCCCAACAAGGCUGCCGAGUUUCGUAAGGGUCAAAUGGUUGCAGCGAUUGUAACCGUUUCUCGUGACGACGACGACGACGAGAACAAUGGCAAUGACAACCAUGAGGUCGUAUACACGGUCCAAAUCUCCCAUUACGACCCAAAAACCAAUCUCUACACCUGCAUCGACCCCGACCCCGACCCCACUGACAAGUCAGCCAUCACAACAUGGACCGUACCCCCAUCAAAAAUCCUCGACUAUACAUCUUGCACCAAAACCUUUCAUUCAGGGGACGCCGUAUACGCUCUCUACCGCGACCAAGGCCAACUCUCUACCGAAUUCUACAAGGCCAUCGUGUCCAAACUGUACAAGGAUGGCCGACAAUUGCGUGUCCAAUACGAAGACGGCGACACAGCCAUCAUCCAACCCGCCCACGUCUUUCUAGCAAGCGAAUUCACCAAACGCCGCCUCUUGCAUACUGAAUCCAACCGUCAGUCCAAACCUCCUGAUCUACCUGUUAAAAAGCAACGUGUAGAGUACUCGUCGAGUGAUUCUGAUGUGGAUGUGGAUGCGUUGACUCAGAGGGGAGGGUUGGAGCCGUCAUCGCCCACGUCCGAGUUGUCGGAAGUGCACGUCUCAGAGUCAGAGUCCGAGGAGGAUGUGUAGGGUUUUCUGAGAUCCUCCCCAAUAUAUUUUUGUAUGUAAAGGAGUUACUCUUUGCUCUGGGAGAAUAUCACUGUAUAGAAUAUUAUGGCUAUUAUGUACUGCAAUGUCCACCG